GCUCUUCCUCCCGCGUCAUGCCGCCGUGCGUCAUCAGUGCGCGCCGUGUCCCGUUCGGAGCGCAGUUUCGGUUCGUCGGUGAUCUCGGCGGCUGCAGGAUGAUUUCAGCGGCGGUUCUGCGCGGGGUCGGGGCUCUGACCCGAACACGAGCCGCCUUCACAGCUCCUCUGGCUCUCAGAUGUUACUCUCACGCUAAAGUGGAGACGGAUGAAGAGUUUGACUCCCGCUGGGUCACGUACUUCAGCAAACCGGACCUGGACGCCUGGGAGCUGCGCAAAGGUAUGAACACUCUGAUCGGAUACGACCUGGUUCCGGAGCCGAAGAUCCUGGACUCUGCUCUGCGCGCCUGCAGGAGACUGAACGACCUGGCCAGUGCCGUCCGCAUCCUCGAGGCCGUCAGAGAUAAGUCUGGCUCUCAUAAAGAGAUCUACCCGUACGUGAUCCAGGAGCUCAGACCCACGCUGCAGGAGCUGGGCAUCUCCACUCCAGAGGAGCUGGGCAUCGAUAAAAUCUGAUUCCUCAAAGGUUUCUGUGAAUUCUGUGGGUUUUUCCGCCUCUCUGCUCACCGCACGACGUUCAGGAAGUCAAACUCGGUCCCGUCCUGUGUAAAAAUAAAGGGCCUAAUAAACGGAGCAAUACUGAA